AAAUUCCAAACCAACAAAAAAAUCGAGUUGUGGGCCCUCAUGUUCACACCGAGAAAAGGUCCACUUCCGGCCUCUGCAGCGACCAUUCUUCGUUCUCCCCCUCGAAAUCCUCCAACCAAUUCUGCAGCUGCUCAAAUCCGCCCCGAGUUCUCCCACCAUCUCGCCCCUUCCUCCCUGUUCGGGCGCGAUUAGCCCCUUCGUCGCGCUUGCGGAUCAGAAAAGAGGCUGCUUUGGUGCCGAAUCUUGGGGGCGAUUCGCUCAGAUUUGGAUUUAGGGUUUUGGAGGUGGUAGUGGUGGUGGGUUUGUGCCGCCGGGAGGUAUGGCAGCUGUGGCGUGCGCGGAGAGGGCGACGAACGACAUGCUGAUCGGCCCGGAUUGGGCUGUGAACAUCGAGCUCUGCGAUAUCAUCAACAUGGAUCCCGGACAAGCAAAGGAUACACUCAAGCUCCUAAAGAAACGUCUUGGAAACAAGAAUUCAAAAGUGCAAAUUCUGACACUUUAUGUGCUAGAGACUCUAAGCAAAAAUUGUGGGGAUGUUGUUCACCAACAGAUAGUUGAGCGCGACAUACUAAAUGAAAUGGUUAAGAUAGUAAAGAAAAAGCCAGACUUAAAUGUCCGGGAGAAAAUAUUGAGUUUGAUUGAUGCAUGGCAAGUGGCUUUUGGAGGUCCGACUGGAAGAUAUCCACAGUACCAUGCUGCUUACCAAGAACUCAGGGCUGCUGGUGUUGAUUUUCCACCACGUGAGGAAAAUUCAGUCCCGUUGUUUACACCACCUCAAACUCAACCGUUAAGGCAUCCACAUCUAUAUCCACCUCCAGGUCAAAGCUACGAAGAUGCAGCUAUACAAGCUUCUCUUCAGUCCGCCCCACCUGCACCUGCCUUGAGUCUAAGUGAGAUUCAGAGUGCUCGAGGAAUUGUGGAUGUGUUGGAUGAGAUGUUAAAUGCACUGGAUCACAGACAUCCUGAGGGUGUGAGAGAGGAACUCAUUGUUGACCUUGUUGGCCAGUGCCGAUCUUAUCAAACUCGUGUGAUGGAUCUUGUUAGCAAUACUGGUGAUGAGAGCCUUCUAUUCCAGGCUCUUGGACUUAAUGAUGAACUGCAGCGUGUUCUUCAGCGUCACGACGACAUAGCAAAGGGAGUCCCUCCCAGUACAGGAGCAACAGUACCUGCUGCUGCGAACAUAAACCAUGGGACUGCCCCUCCCAGGUCUGCUGGGGCUUCGUUUUCCCCACUUCUUAAUGUACACCAUGAGGAAGAUGUGCCGGAAGAUGAGUUCUCCAUGCUUUCCCGCAGGUCUGCAAGAGAUGGCACAGUAGCACAGAGCAACCUGCCUUCUGCUCCAAGAAAUGAAAGGCCAUACCCAAGCCCACUUCUUCCUCCUCCACCAUCAUCUAAGAGGCCAGUUUACACAGAGGCAAGCAAUAUCGACUAUCUUAGUGGGGACUCCUACAAAUCAGAGAAAGUAUCAGAUGAUUUCAUCAACCCAACUGCCCCUGCCAAUAGAUCGACAUCAUCCCAUUCAAAAGCAGAAGCGAAUCCUCCACCAACUUACGAUAACCGGUCAGACGGUGUGUCUGAUGACUUUGUAAACCCAACCGCACUACCCAACUUCUCUGUGCCUCCACGUCCUAUGAACGAGUCAAACCCUUCAUCUGUGAAGCAGCAGGAGAGUCUACCUGAGGAUGACUUUAUAAACCCAACUGCUCUUCCUGGUUUUUCGUCAUCUUCAACUACUAAAAGUUAUGAAGAUUCCAGGGAAGAUCUUCCAAAAGCUCCGUGGGAAGCACAAGCUGCUGGUUCCCUACCGCCACCUCCAGCAAGGUAUGGCCAGAGGCAGCAAUACUUUGAGCAAAAUGUGUAUUCUGGUGGGAGCAACGGAGGUGGCUACGAUGGACUGGUAACGCAGACAGAAAACCUCUCUCUUAACCAACGGAACACUGGGAAUGGUAAGGGCGCAUCACAGCCGACAGCAUCCCGCCAGACUAAACCUGAGGACUCCCUUUUCAAGGACCUCGUCGAUUUUGCGAAGAACAAGCCGUCAUCUCCGUCGAAACCAGCAAACAGCCGCAGGACUCGCUGAUCGAUUGAUACUCGGCUUUGCGAUAUAUGUGCUUUGAGUUGCCUAGUUGGUUCCACAGGUUGGCGGCUUUAGAUACCGUCAAAUAAGUGUGUGAGACUGGUUUUCAUUACAUUGCAGAUUAUUUCGGUCGCAUUCCACAGUUAGAAUCACAGAUGUCAGAUACAAUACCCGGUCAUAACCCUGGGUGUGGAGUGAUGUGUAGUUAGUUGAUUUUAAGCUUGUGCAUUGUUUGCUUUGCGUACAUUUUACUUAGCUGUAUAUAUUACUUUACUCCAUUCGACAGCAAUAUUCAUAGUUCAGUUUGCAAUUUGAGGACUAAAGUUGACUUUU